GAGAGAGAGAGAGACGCUGGUGCUCUGGCAGCGCGAGCGCAGACACAGAUCGGUCGCACAUCAACAGGAGACUCAGACAGUGCACACACACAAACACACACACACACACACACACACACACACACACACACACACACACACACACACACACACACUUCUAGAGCCCCACGCACGCACAGAAACGCGCGCUCUAGAAAGAAGCACCAGAGCACUCAAGAAAAAGAAGAAAGAAGAAGACAGAAAGUCAUUUCUUCCUACAGAGGAUUCAGCAAGAAGCGCAUCCUGCCACGAGACACGAGAAGUUCACGGCUGUCUGUCACUGCGUCCCAGAGCAUCAGAGGUCACCUGCUCGUGCACACCGAUUCCGAGAUGAUGGUGCUGACGGUCCUGCUGCUCUCUGGGCUCGCGGUUCACGGAGUCCUUGCUGUGUUUUCCCAGCAGCCCCAGGACUUGGUGGUAGUGGCUGGACAACCGGUCACUCUGCCUUGCUCUAUUCCUGGGUACCGUGGAAUUGUGCUGUGGAUCAAAGAUGGCUUGGCUUUGGGAGUUGGGCGAGACCUUUCAGGUUAUCCUCGCUACACUGUAAUUGGAGAUCACAGUUCUGGGGAACACCACCUAAGGAUCCAGAGGGUCGAGCUAUCGGAUGAUGCUGUGUUUGAGUGUCAGGCCAUCGAGGCUGCCAUGAGGUCUCGACCUGCUCGACUCACAGUUUUGGUUCCACCAGAUAACCCAGUUAUUGAUGGAGGCCCUGUUGUGAGUUUGAGAGCUGGGGACCCACUCAACCUGACGUGUCACGCUGACAAUGCCAAGCCUGCCGCGUCCAUCAUCUGGAUUCGAAACGGGGAGGUGCUAAAUGGAGCCAUGUACUCUAAGACACUUCUUCGUGAUGGCAGGAAGGAGAGUACAGUCAGCACUCUAUACAUUUUACCGUCCAACAUCGAGUCAGGACAGACGAUCAUCUGCCGUGCGUCAAACAAAGCUGUCCCUAAUGGAAAAGAGAGCAGUGUCACUAUUGACAUCCAGCACUUACCGCUGGUAAACCUCUCUGUUGAACCCCAGCCAGUGUUGGAAGGAAAUCUGGUGAAGUUCCACUGCUCUGCUAAAGCAAAUCCACCAGUCACUCAGUACAGGUGGGCCAAAGGUGGUCAUGUGAUUAAAGAAGUCUCUGGAGACACCUAUGAAGUCGUAGUGGACCACUCCUUCUUCACGGAUGCUGUUUCCUGUGAGGUCACCAAUCCUCUUGGGAGUACAAAUAUCAGCCGCAACGUGGACGUCUACUUUGGUCCUCGGAUGGCUGCAGAACCGCAGUCCCUGCAGGUGGACCUGGGAUCAGAUGCCGUGUUUAAUUGUGCUUGGACUGGAAACCCAUCACUCACGAUCGUGUGGAUGAAGAGAGGGUCUGGAGUGGUGCUGAGCAACGAGAACAUCCUAACUUUAAAAUCAGUGAGGCAAGAGGAUGCUGGGAAAUACGUUUGUCGUGCUGUGGUGCCUCGAGUCGGGGCCGGAGAGAAGGAGGUUGCACUUACAGUGAACGGGCCUCCGACCAUAUCCAGCACUCAAACACACCAGGCUCCACACGGAGAGAAGGGCCAGAUCAAGUGUUUCAUUCGCAGCACACCUCCGCCUGACCGCAUUGCCUGGUCAUGGAAGGAGACAGUUCUCGAGUCGGGCACGUCUGGCCGCUACACAGUUGAGACGGUGAGCACAGAGGACGGCGUCUUGUCCACCCUAACCAUGAGCAACAUCGUCCCUGCUGACUUCCAGACCAUCUACAACUGCACAGCCUGGAACAGCUUUGGCUCUGACACUGAAAUCAUCCGUCUCAAGGAACAAGGUGGGAGCCAAGGCGGCUAUCAUUUGUUGUCCGCAGAGUCUCUGCCCGUGGCUGUGAUUAUUGGCGUGGCAGUGGGAGCUUUCGUCGCCUUCAUCGUCCUCAUCGGCACCAUCGGGGCCUUCUGCUGCACACGCUCUCAGAGAAAAGACGCUCACCUGGUUAUGCCCUCCCUCCCUGCCUCGAUCUGUGCUCAGCAGAGAGAACUUUCCAGCAAAAUUAAGACAGAAAACCUCAAAGGCGUCGUCACGACCAAGAACGAUAUCCGUGUGGAGAUUGUUCACAAAGACCACAACGCCGCACGGGAAAAUGAGGACCAUGCCGCUAUGAAGCAGCUUAUGAUUGAACGUGGAGAAUUCCAGCAGGAGUCUGUUCUCAAGCAGCUGGAGGUCCUGCAGGAGGAGGAGAAAGAAUACCAGCACAUCAAGGAUCCCACCAACGGCUAUUACAGCGUAAACACCUUCAAAGAGCACCACGGGACUCCCACCAUCACACUGGCUAGCACCCACACCACCACUGAACUGCGCCGUGAAACCUCCACCGGCAAGCAGCGAGUACCCACAGGCAUGUCUUUCACCAAUAUCUACUCAACCAUCGGUGGUGCGCCCAACCCUCGCUUGUAUGAAUACGGAGGACGCUUCGUCCUGGGAACAGGCAGCAGCUCCAUUGAGCUGUGUGAGCGCGAGCUGCAGCAGCGUGCCUCCCUCAGCGACUCGGGUUCCUUCAUGGACACGCAGUGCGACAGCAGCGCCAGCAGCUAUGCGCACUUUGACAAGGACAGCAAGGCCUCAGCGUCGUCCUCGUCACACCAUUCACACUCAUCUUCCCAGAACUCGGACCUGACGCGACCCCUGCAGAAGCGCAUGCAGACACACGUGUGACGGCAUCGUGUCAUACCGCAAACGAUGUCAGGAAGCAGAUCAAGCACACAUGCUCUCUUUUUCUUACUCUUUUUGUCUCAGUAAUGUCAUCUUAAGAACCUUGCAGCUUUGGAAAAGUCUUUGUGGUUCAAUAUGCAGACAAGUCAAAUACCCUGAACUGAGAAGAAGCACCUUCAGUGUAGUACUAGUGAGAAGCAUCUCAGCUACUGUACAAAACAGUUAAACAGGAUGACACAAAUGACAAAACACAUGCAACAUGUGGACAAGCAGAUCCUAAACGCACGGAGGUCUACAAAACACGAACCGUCUCUACAGUGCCGUCGACACCUACAGUCCAUGAUGCUUUUGGCGGCAUCAGACAGACAACAUCCUGAUUCUUUUGUCUUUUCUUGCUCUGUUGUUGAGCAGACCUGUCUAAGUGAGUGUGUAUUAUUUGACAGUAACUCUCUUUUCCCUUUCCCCACAGCUAUGACUUUUACUUCUGUGUGGAUUGAAACUCAUAAAAAAAAAAAAAAAAAAAAAAAAAAAAUUAAUCACUGUCAGUCAAUAUACUUGGAUUCCAGUCCUCCUGGAUCCAAUAGAUAUAUAGCUCUCGGCCAUUCUGAGGAUAUCUGUACAUUAUUCAUAUAUAUAUAUAUAUUUUUUAUUUCUUUCCUUACUGUCUUUUGUCAAUCUGAUGGUAUGUCUUCUUCUCUCUUUCGGGAUCAUUGACUUUGCUAAACUUGAUGAGGACGAUUUCAUCCUUUCCAACUAAGAUGAUUUGAAAUGCACAGGAUCUUUUGGCCAUAAAGUGGGAACGAUACAAAUAUUUUUUUCGCUACUUUGAUUAAAAAAAACAAAAAGAAUCCUCAGACACGGUGUGUGACGUGACACGGAUUUAGUCUCGUCAAAACCUCAUACUGUACCAGUGACGCUAUAUACGAUAUACGCUAAUGACCUUUCUGUGGCUUUUAAUUCUUAGUAUAUAGUCACAUUGUUUACACAGACUGAAAGAGAUUGACGGCUGAAGACCCCCAGGACGGAGGGAAAAACAUUCCAUCUGCUCUCCACAGCCUUCAGACUGCACUGCAGUACACCUGCUCACUGUUUUAAGUGAACUGUCUGCACACUCAGAUGUACCAUUGAGACUCUUUUAUUCUAAAAUUUCUUUGUAUGAUGUUUGCUCUUUUUUAUUUUCAGCUGAGAGCAUUUAAAGUUACUACUGAUUACACACACAAGCACCUGUACAGACUCACUGUACAAAAAAAAAAAGAGCCAAAUGCAGAGCAGGAAGUAGAAAAAAGAAGAAAGAAAGAAAAAAGAAAAGUGUAACGCAUGAUGCACGCCACUCGGAGGCAGACGGAGGAAAGCAGGUGCAGUUUGGUACGAUUACAGCCGCAUCUACAUGAUAUGUAUAUGUAUUACACACACUGUUUUGCCGGCGAGGCUUUGAGUAGAAGAAUUACCAAGUUUCGGAUAAGGAAAGGACAACAGAUAAGAAUACACAGGAUACGCUUUUUGUCGUGAGCAGUGUGAGAACUCGGAUCAAACAGGACAUACAGUGAUUGCUACUAGGGGUUGGACUAGUAAUAAAGAAAUAGCAUAAUAAAACAUCAAGUACUCACAUUUUCCAUAGUUAAAACAAAACAAGAAAAAAUUAAUACUAUUGGCAAUUUCAGCAGCAAACUGAGCAUCAGGUAGCAAAUAACCACAUUAACCAACUGUACAGAAGCUAUACUUGCUUUCCUGCAUGUUUAGAAAAAAAAUCAGUGCAAUAAAUGUCCACUUUACGCUAUUUAAAAAUUGAGAACUCUCAGCAUGGAAACUUGUGUCCUUCAUUAUACUGUAGCUCAAUCACCAGCUUUCCUUUUAUGUCAUAUGUGAUGUCUAGAGAAGCCACUGGAAGACUUAAGUAUUUUGUUGGAGUUGCACUGGAUAGUGUGUCAGGGACUCGGGGAUAAAAACAGACCCAAAUGCACGAUAGCGUAAAAGAAAACAAGAUUUAUUAAAUAAAAAACACAAAACAGGAAACAAGACAUGACACAGGACACAACAAGAGAAGAUAUUAGACGGAUUAGAAGGAUAUUAGAAGGAUUGUAGACAAGACAAUAGACAAGACAGCUAGACAUGUGGAAGAGACAAGGGCCGGACAGACACGUGACACAAAACAUAAACAAAAGCACGUGGCCAAAGUCGGGGCUGAGUCAUGACAUAGUGAUGUGCAACCAGUGGCUCUGUAACUACUUCUUCUGUUCUGGAAGGAACAGAUUAUGCCGCGAUGAAAGAAAAUAUAAAUAAAAACAAUUUCGCACACAUCUCUAGAUCCAAAAUAGUCGUGAUAGUCAUACAGUAAAAUAAACGAACAAUGUUUCGCUGUAUCUAUCUCGCUGUUUUUCCAUCACUAACACCUCAAAAUAGUAAAGUAUGAACUAGUCAACAAGUCAAUUAGCACACAUACAACCCCUAGUAGCUAGGUAGCUCUGUGUGGAAAAGUUACCCUGUAAAACACUGGAUGUUUAUCAAUGACCGAAUCACGUAACAACUUCAUGCCUGAAACUACUUACAUUCCAAAUGUCAGCAUUGCUGUAAUGUACAGAACUUUAAAAAAAAAACUCAUACAUCCUGUGUAGGUAGAACAUUAGCUGUGGGAACAGUCAAAAGUCAAGAAGACGAUGAUUAAACAUAUUUGUGUUUACUCCGGUCAUCACUGUAAGACACCUCGCUCUAUGACAAAACAAUCGUGAUACUGUUGUACAGUAGAUAAUGAAGCUAAAUCAAGUUCAUCAUGUAUAGAAAGUGGGAGUGUGGGAGUUCGGUGCGUCUCUAUGGAGAUUGGGAAAGAAAACUGAGCAGCCAAGAUGUGUGGGCUCACAACGGUAUGUAUGUUUAACUAUCAACAGUCUUAGUCGUCACAUUAUAAAACAUUCCCAACUGUGUACAUUACCUGUGCUGUUUGUGAAACACUGAUGCAAAGCGUCAGAAAAUUCAGAUUAUUAUUAUUAUAAUUAACUGAGCAGUUGAAUCGGUUAUCGUCAUGCACGGAAAUCACCGGACUUGGGUAGAUUUUGGGUUUCCAGAGCUGGACUUGGAGGCUUCAUGACCUAGUGCUGGACCACAGCCUAUAUUUCAGUGAAUUAAACCAAGCACUUGAAAAUAUUCUGCAGCAGAAUCAAUUAACAUGUGGAAACAAAAUGGAAGAAGUAAAGAAAACAUGAACUAUUGCGACUUCUGGAGCAGAUUGUUUGUUGCUGUUUAUUUAUGUAAAUGAUUUACAUGAGCUUUAAUAAUGCUUCAUAGAUUUAUCCUCCCUGGGGUGAAGGUGAGGUGAAGUGAAGUGAAGUGACACAGUUUUGUUCUUGGCAUGUGUUGAGAAAGAAAUUGGACAGAAAUACAACAGUGAUUGAGAAAAGAAAGCAGUUAUACUCUUGAGGUUUCUCAAGGGUUCUCUGGAUAUUUGAGGGAUAAUGCAAAGCCAGUUAGGGUUCUAGAUUUAUAUUUGACACCAAGAGUGUCAGGUAGACGAUGGUUUCUUUUCGGUAGAAUACAACGAUAGAGAAAGCAAAGCUUCCCAAAGCGCAUUUUUUACUGUUCAAUUAAACAUAUAAAACAUCGAUAUGACUUUUAUUAGUCUGUCUCCCAGCGUGACGUGCGUUGUUAUAAUGGCUCUAGUGUUUAAUGCACCAUCUGUGAAUGGGUCAUGGAAGAAGUAUGAAUGAAAUAUUGGAAAAUUCUAAAUCGUUACAGUUUCGAGUUCUUUCCCUUGUUUUUUAAUUCCAUCUGCUAUAUCAAAUUCUUCUUCAUAUGGUCAGUCAAGCCAUUGAUCCGAUCAGCCAUUUAGUUUCUAAUUAAAUCUUCCGAUGCUUUCGUUCUUUCUUUAAUAAAUCAAGUGCUAGAUUUUCACCUCAUUUCCACCAGUCCAGGAUUUUGUUCUGCUCCAAUUACCAACCUGCCAAUUAGUUAAUUAAAGGCAGUAAAUGCUUGAGCAUUCGCCAUCAAUUAUCCAGAUUAUACGUUUCAUAAUCAGCUUAAAACUCUGACUGACUCUUUGCAGGUAGGUCAGGUGUGUUUUCGGGUGGGCAACGUGAACACCAUUCGUAAUAAAAAUCUGUCGUAUCUCUACUCCACUAAUAAACUCCUCAUCAGGACGAAGGGGAGGAGUGUACCCUGCUUAUUAAACCAUGUAAAACACCUGUUUUGCAUCUUCUCUGUUCUCACACCCCUUCUCAGCUCAUGAAGAUCCUAAGAAUAACAGUGAUGAGGGAAAAAAAAUCUCACAGAAAUGUACAGUGCAUGAUUUCAUCAUCAUUUUCUAUACUGUAGAGGUGGCAUUUAAGUAAAAUCAGCAUUCGGUGUGUGCAGGCACGAGAGAUGAGUCAUAAGUUGUCGUAAACACUUUACAUUGCAUUAUAUUUGCAUUUCUGUCAGCUUUCCUACAUGAGUGCUGUUGACUGGGUCUAAUUUUACAAAUGGUUUGAUUCCCACUGCAAGGCUUAAGCACACAACAAGCCUGUUUCAAUGCUGAUAAUACAGCUCACAGCUUUCCAUGCACUCUAUAUGAAUCCCUAAUGCUCUCUGUACAUAAUUUGCUGUUUAUUUUUUUUUAUACCUUACUUCUUUAGUUAGUUUGGAUAUUAGAAGGCAAAAUUCGAAAUCUAAAUGUCAUUGACACUGUAUAGACAAUCACUUUGUUUUUCUUUCUUUUUUUUUUAUACUGUAGUUUCAUAAGAGAAAGUGGACAAGGUUGAGCUGGACAGUCUUUACGAGAGACAUUUACAGAUCAUUUUCUCAUGAAUUAUUAUUUUUUUUUCCAAUUUCUUUGCAUAAACCAUUACUGUAACUCAGAUGUUGGAAAAUUGUACAUCUAUUAAACCACUAACUACAAAUUAA